AUGGGGACGAUACAUUAUAAGGGGCACACUGUUGCUAUAUAUGUGGAUAUCCCGUUCUCAGUCCUGGUAGAGAAAAGGAAGCUGGCUCCAGUCGCUAGUCGACUAAGAGAACACUCCAUGAAAUACUGCUGGGGAUUAGAGGUGUCCCUCUUUGUAGAGAGUGGAAGAGAGACAAUUACGCUGACGUCAGCGGAAGAUCCAGAGCCGCACCUGCAGGCACUGGGAUUGUCCAUUAACCCACGAGGAGCUUCUCCAGAGGCAAAAAAUAAGGACUGGGACCAUGAAAUUAGGAACAACAAUGCGACUACACAACCGCAACAGACCAUACCCAAGAAAGUGCACCCACAAGCAAGAAGCCGGGACGCCGGCCUCAGCGCUUCGGGAACACUGACUAGCCCAUACCACAUCAGAAGCCUCACUUGA